CAACACGCUAACGUAGACCACGACUGACUUUCACGGAGUCAAUCCUUUUACCGUUUCCCCGUCCACCUUUGCUUCUUCUUAUCGUACAAUGUGCAUAUCGUCCGCGAACAGAGAUUUAAGGCUCACGCGAUAGAACAGAUUCUAGGCUGAGAAAAUCAGAACACUUCAGAAGCAAAGAUGGAGCACUCAAGCCCAUUCCUUUUCCUCCUCUUCCUCUUCCUCUUCCUCUUCAUCUCUUCAUCCGAAUCCGUCACUUUCAACUGCUCGGGAACCACCACAUGCCAAAGCCUCGCCGGCUACGUCGCCCCCAAUUCCACGACGUACGGCGCCAUCCUCUCCCUCUUCCAGGUCCCCACCCUCUCCCAACUCCUCGGCGCCAACAACCUCCCACUCUCCACACCCGCCUCCUUCCCCAUCCCCGCCUCCUCCGUCGUCCGCGUCCCCCUCCCCUGCUCUUGCGCCGACGGCAAAGGCCGCUCCAACCACACCCCGGUUUACACCGUCAAGCCCACCGACGCCGGCCUCGAUGACAUAGCUCGGCUCACCUAUGACUUGUUAAUAACUUAUGAGGAAAUUGCUGAGGUAAAUGGUAUAGCCGCCCCGUACAAGAUACACGCCGGGGAGAAGCUGUGGAUACCGCUUCCGUGCAGCUGCGACGCCGUGGAUGGGGAGGAAGUGGUGCAUUUAGCGCACCUGGUGGAGCCUGGAAGCACGAUAGAUUUGAUCGCGGAGCAGUUUGCAGCAUCGCCGGAGACGCUGCUUCGGAUUAAUGGGAUUGUUGAUCCGCGGAAGCUGGAGGCGGGACAGGCUAUAGAUGUUCCUCUCAAAGCUUGCUCUUCUGCAAUAAGCAGCACAUCAUUGGACAGCAAUCUUCGCCUCUCCAACGAUAGCUACGCGCUCACAGCCAACGACUGCAUCCAGUGCAGCUGCAGCUCUGCCUCUGGUUACCAGCUCGCGUGCCAUUCUACUCGAGGCCUGAACAAGUUUUGCUCUUCGGUCAAAUGCAACAACCAGCUUUCCCUGGGCGGCACCAGCAACUCCGGUUGCGAGCAAACUACCUGCGCCUACGCUGGCUACACCAAUGCCACAGCUUCUCACAGCACCAACAUCCUUACCAAAACCGUCAGCCGAUCGCUCUGUAGCAGUGCCCCUGCGCCGGCUCCAUCGCCAUCAGGUGGCGCUGGUUCAACGCCUAGUGGAGGUUCAACGCCUGGUGGAGGCUCGCCGCCGGCAAGCAACCAUUCCAGUUUUCGGACAAUAUCGCAUGGAAAUUGGAUGUGGCUGCUGAUGACUUUUAUCGUUGCUUUUAUUGGUUCCAGUCAUAGUGCAUGACUUCUUUCUUUUAUGGCAGAAUGGAAAUGUAAAACAUCAUAGCAGAGUUCAUUUUGUUUACGUUUUGAUUUGGAUUGUAGGCACCAUCUUAUGCCGGUUUCAUUUGCACCAGAGACUAUUUCUACGUGUUUGUUCAAAGAGCGAUUCAUUACGGAAUAAAGAUGUAUCAGGAAAUUUUAUUGUUAUAUCAAUUUAAUAUAGCACAAAUUUUGGCAAAAUUC